AUGCCUUUCACCCACAGUGCAAUCGCGAGUACCCAUGUCAACACUGUCUCGCCCGCAAAGUCCCUGAGUUAUGCGUUCGUGCCGUACACUCCCGCACCAUCCAACGCAAACGCGGCCGGACUCGACCCAGUGACGGCCGACCGCAUUGACCGAAUAGAAAACGUACUCAGCGUUGUCGUUCGCCACAAUCCGGGUAUCGGCGGCUACGAUGCCGUUCGCGAGUGGCUGGCUUCGUCGACGUUUCAACGGUUUCUCCAGUCGGCGCCGUCGACUCCGGCAUCCCCAUCGAGCCUCAUCCCGCAGCAGUUACAUCACCCCCCAUCACUCCCUCCCUCGCGCCCCAAAACGCUCGAUGGCCAACCGAUCGCAGUAGACGAGAUAGAAAAGAUAGAGCGUGGAGGAUCCAGCGAGGAGGAUGGCGGACGAGUGGGCAAGGGAUGGCUAGGCGAUUUGGAAGGUGGUAUGCCCGAGAGUAUGAAGAGCGGCGACAACAUUGCAAUCCGUCUCGACAACCAUGGCACACCGGCAGAGAACCUCCAGAGACUUAUUACCGACUGUGGCGUACAGGAGCUCAUCCAGGAGCUACCACCAAAGCCUUUCGCCGACCGCGUGAUCGACUGGUAUUUUACGCAUCUCAACCUUGUGCGGUACCCCAUUGACGAGCGCCUCUUCCGCAUCUCGUAUGAGGACCUGUACAACAAGACGACUGCUGUGGACCCAGCGAACAUUCGUGCACUGCCACUCGUGUUCAUCGUGCUGGCCAUGGCCGUCCGCCUCGCGCCAGACCACUGGGCCGGAGAUGACAACACGCGCAAGAUAUCAAGUCUGCGCAUGUACUGGAGCUCGCGACGAAGCAUCCUCAUUGCGACCGCAAUCCAGUCCGAGAGCAUCGAGCUGGUUCUGACUCGUCUGCUGGUAUGUCAAAUUCCGUUUACGGAAAGUGUGCUCACCCCCCAGUCUGCCAUGUAUCUCGUCCAGAUCCAUGACCGCCGCCUCACGGAAUGUUGGUCCCAGCUCGGCGCGUCAUUACGUACGGCACAGGCGAUCGGCCUCCACCGCGAUGGCUCAAAGAUGGGACUCGACCCCUUCCAGACAGAGUACCGACGCAGGCUAUGGAGUUACCUGUACCACGCGGACCGCCUGUACAGUCUGAUUCUCGGUCGUCCACCAAGCAUCUCGGACGCUUACACCGAUACCCUUGCACCCUCCAACGUUGAUCUGAACGAAUACGACUUGACCAACCCGUCUGCGCCCGUGCCACCUCCUCGGCCACUGAGCGAGCCGACGACUGCCACAUUCCUCAUUCUCCGGCGCCACCUGAGUGGCAUCAUUGGACGUAUUGUGCACCAUUUCCAGAAACUCAACGAGCCUGCGCAGUAUGCCGACGUCCAGCGACUCCAGGAGGAGCUGGACACGUUCACUGCCAACCUUCCUCCCCACUUCCGGAUGCGCGAUGCGGACAAGAGCCUGGACAGGCAGCACUACUGGCUCCCAGUUCACCGCUUCAUGCUCCUCACCGAGGUUCUCGUGACGACCAUUAUCCUCCAUCGCCCAUGGCUCCUUCGUCGCCUCACGAGCAACCGCUACCUGGCGUCGCGCUCUGCCUGCUUUGAGUCUGCCAAGCUCGACUUCCAGAUCCGCCAAGACUUCCAGCGUGACGUGCCCAACUUUGGCCUGUACUCUAUCACGGGCCAGUUCAAGAUGUUCAACAGUGCCAUGAUUGCCGGUAUUUCAGCCAUCAUCGACCCGCGUGGACCCGACGCCGACCAGAUGCGCCGCAUCCUGACCACUUUCCUGGAACAGCACCCGUGGUCGGCAGUGGCCGAGCUCGACGAGACAACACGCAAGGAGGUUCAGAUCAUCCACACGCUGUCGCGCCGCGCUGCCCAGAUCUUCGAGGACACCAUGGCUCCUGGCGAGCUCAACGCUCAGGACAAGGACAGCGUGUCCCUCCUCCUCGCACUCCGGCAGGGCGAGGUGCCCGGCACGUCGACGUACACCGGUUCCCCGGCGCACAUGGAUGCCGGCACACCGCGCAUGGCUGCCUCCGGCUCGAUGCCGCGCCCCUUUGCGCACCCUUCGCAGCCCGGCACCAGCUGGCAGAAAUACAUGUACUCGCAGCCGCCUGGCGCUUCGGGCAUGAUGCAGUCGCCGGCCUCGAGCGGCGGCCACGAAGAGGACCACUCGCAGCGCCUCCUCGACCACUGGCUCAGCGCAAAUUCCAACCUCGCCGUCGGCGCCAUGCCCACUGGUCCCAUUAUGGACCCCACCAUGGGCGGAGGCGCAGGGUACAUGCCCAUGCCCAUGGGCCCGCUGUCCGUGACCCCCAUGCCCAGCACGCCCGGGUUUGGCGCGCCGACCCCGGGUCCUAUGAGCGCGCCUGCCGGUGCGGGCGGCUCUGGCCUCGGCUCGAGCUUCAUGUGGGGCGCGAGCGGCGACGACACCCUCGGUGCGGCGGCGCACCACAACUCGGUUGGCGACACGACGUUCUCGUUCCCGCCCUCGGCUGGACUGGAUGGCACGGUGCUCGGUGUGGGAAGUGUGGGGAUGGGCGGCGGCGCAGACGGAAGUGGCGAGAACAGCGACGAGUACUGGAACACCCUCAUUGACGGUAUUCUUGGCACCACGGGCGGCAUGGUCAACAACCCCCAGGGAUGA